AGCAGCGCGGAAAAAGAGCGAGCCGGUACUUUUUGCGGGGGAAGGUGUUGUGAUAACGCGUCGGUGACGUGGCGGUGAUGUAAUGCAGUGCCGUAAAAACGGAGGAUCAAGCCGUCAUAGUCGACAUGUGUAGUGGUUUUGAUCGUGUGUGAAAAUCGUGGCGUCCAGCGUGGUGGCGACAUGUGGCCCUCAAGACAUUGGUCACGGGAGGUGCGGAAGAAGGCUCUGCUGGCUGUUCUGUGCUGCUGUGCUCUCCUGGGCAUCUUGUACUUGCGCUCUGCGGUCUCCCCGAAACAGGAGCAGAGCCACUGGAGGCAGCGGAAGGUUGAGUCGAUGAGGUCGCGGCUGGAACCGGCGGCGGCGAGUCGGAGCACAGGACCCAGUAAUGAUGGCGCAUUCUCAGAGAGUGCUGCAUUAAACUCCGAUACGUCUGGUGGUGACCUUUUGAAGGUCAAACUGCAAGAUUCCACCGUCAGAUGGCCCUGGGAAAAUGUGGAGGGCUGCAGUCAUUAUGGCAUCAGGUUCGCUGAGCGGGGCAGCUUGCCCGUGGUGGCCCUCACCAGCUACCCAGGUUCAGGCAACACCUGGACCCGCUACCUGCUGGAGAUGGCCUCCGGUGUGUUCACCGGCAGCGUCUACUACGACAUCGGCCUGUACGGAAUCGGCUACUGGGGAGAGAUGUCAGCCCCGGAAGAUGGCACCACCAUCGUACAAAAGGUUCACGACUUUGGCGACGACCAGUCGCAGCGCUUCAACCGCACAGCCAUAGUCAUCGUGCGCAAUCCGUACCGCGCCAUCCUCUCCUUCCACAACUACCUGUUCGGCGGGCACAAGGGCAUGGCACCGUCCUCCAAUUACCUGAAGAAAGGCUGGCGCUCGUUCGUGAUGAAGCAGGUGUUCGAGUGGAGUGCUCACAUGCAACAGUGGACGGACCCCGCUAACCGCGUGCUGGUGGUGCACUACGAGCACCUCAAGACGGACCCAGCCGGGCAGCUGCGGCGCAUGCUGCACUUCCUGAAGUGGCCCGUCGACGAGGGGCGCCUUCGCUGCGUACAGCGUGACCUGGAGGGGAUGGCCCACCGCGAGCCUCCGCAUCUGCCAGCCGCCGUGGAGCCAUUCCCAGCUGAGCUCCGUCAGGUGCUGCAGCACGGCCUUCGGUACGCCGACAGCUUACUGGCGGCCAGAGGUCACCCUCCGCUGCCGCUCGACAGGUACUCGGUCUCCAACGGCCAGCAGCUGGAGGACUGUUCGCCGCGCGAGGCGCUGUCCGCCUGCCUGAAUCGCAUCGACGCCAUGAACGCGCACCAGGCCGACCAGAGCUGGACGCACUGGGUCUUGGACCAGAUAACCAACCUGGCUGGCGAGCCAAUGGCGAGGGACACGACCUUGGGUGUGGGUGCGCUCCGCCAACCUCCCCUGCUGGACGGUGUCGACGGCGUGCGGCCGCUGAUGGACGACUGGCGCCUCUUCCAGUUGAUCCGGAAAGAGCUGUGAACUGCUGGACGACUGACGCCUAUCCCGGCUGAGCCAGAACGAGUUUUGAACUGCUGGACGACUGACGCCUUUUCCAGCUGGGUCGGAAAGUGUUGUGAGCUGCUGGACGACCAGUGGCACGGCUGACUGAGCAGGCGGGCGGCGAGGACCUCCGGCUACCGGUCUUCAGAGAGAGAGGGAGGGAGAGAGAGAGAGA